UUGGAUCCAAGUUCACUUAUUCAUAUUUCACAACCACCAACUUAUGAGGACACAAUAAAAGCAUCCGCAAAUUACGAAACUCCAGAAACUACAAAUUGUGAGUCAUUUGUGGGGGAGGGGAUCCACACACUUCCGCAACGACAACUACGAAAUAUUUGAGAGACGCUCAAAGAAAUCCGGCGAUUAAUCGGCGACGAACAAGUAACUUAUGAUUAGUUGCCUGAUCUCGAUUCGUCGUAAAUUCGUCGCCGAUUAGUCGCCGGCUUUCUCUGAGCGGUUAGAGAAAAACAUGUUUCAAUAGGACGAACAUGCGUUCUUUAAUAAAAGAGUGACCUCAAACUUGCAAACUCGCUUGCCAGCGCUUAAUCACGUCUCGGGGAAAAAGUAGCAAGUUUUGCUUUUGAAAAAAUGUUAAAACAAUCUUGAAAAACUCACUUUUCCUCCAGUUUUCCUCGUUUUUGAAAAUCAUUCAACCAAAAUCCGUUUCAUAAUUUGUUUCGAUAUUUCCAUCAUUUUGUUGACGUUUUUCCUGUAAAUUAGAAAUGAAUUAAAUUUAAAUAAGUACUUUAAACGAAAGAAAAAUUCAAGAAUGUAUAUUUUUUCGUAAAAUUACUUUUUGAGCACCAGUUUUAGUAUGAAACUAUUGAAAAUCAAUUAAACUGUGUUACUUGUACUAGAAAAAUAUAUAAAUAUGAAUUUUACAACAAGUUUCAUUAAAAUUUAUGGAUAAAACAACAAAAAAUACGAGAAUGAAAAAUUUCCGAAAAACAAAAACAAGAAAAUAAAAGUAAGAAUGGAAGUGCGCCCCAUUGAUAAAAAUUGAAUGUCUCGCACUCUUUCCAAAAGUUAUGUGUUUUUUCGUUGUUGCUGUUUUACUUAUUUUUUGAGCACCAGUUUUAAAAGGGUGUGGGGGAUUUGAAAUAAUACCCAAGGGAACAGGUCAGAUUAAAAGAAAAAUGAAAACUCCUUUUUUAAUUGUUUAGAAUAUAUGACUUGAGUAAAACACUGAGCUAAAUGAGUAAAUAAAACAAAAAUCUAAAUUUUUUAGAGCAAAAAUUCAAAAUUCUGUUCCAGCAACAACAAGUUCAAUGGAACUUCCAACAUCUAGCAUCACGACAGCCCGUGUUGAUGGUUUUCCAAAAGAUGACAAUCAUAUUCGUCAUCAUCUUGUGACUGCUCGAAGUCUUUCUGAUUCUUGUAUUGAACCACAUCAUCUUGAAGAUCAAACCAGAAUAAGUGCAAGAUGA